AUGUCCAAAACUCAAAUCGAAUCUAUCUGUUCAUCUCUUCUUCAAGAACUUGAGGUUAUAUGGGACGAGGUAGGAGAAACUGAAACCGAAAGAGAGAAGAUUUUAAUUGAGAUUGAAGACGAAUGCAGAGAAGUCUAUAUUCGAAAAGUCGAAAAGGUUAAAGAAGAGAGGGUUCAGCUAAGACAAGACAUUGUUGAUUCAGAAGCAAAGGUUGUUGCUAUAUGUUCUGCAAUGGAAGAGCCAUCGAGUCUUGGAAGACAACACCAAUCUGAUCAAAGUGGAAGAAGAAGUUUGAAAGAAGAGUUGGUAAAGAUUCUUCAGAAACUUGAAGAUAUGGAGAAGAGAAAAGCAGAGAGGAAAGAUCAGUUUAUUCAAGUAAUUAAAGAUAUAAAAUGUGUAAAAGAUGAGAUUAAUGGAGAAUCUGAUGAGACUUGUUCAUCUGAUUUUUCUGUUGAUGAAUCGGAUUUAUCUCUUAGAAAGCUUGAAGAGUUGCACAGAGAGCUUUACACACUUCAAGAACAAAAGAGAAACCGGAUGAAACAAAUUCAAGAUCAUCUAAGAACUCUGGAAUCACUUUGUUCGGUUCUAGGUUUGGAUUUUCAAGAAACUGUUACAAAGAUUCAUCCAAGUUUAAUUGAAUCUGAAGGGUCAAGAAGUAUAAGUAAUGAAACACUUGACAAGUUAGCUUCAUCAGUAAAUCAAUGGCAUGAGACAAAAAUACAAAGAAUGCAAGAACUACAAGAUCUUGUGACAACAAUGCUUGAGUUUUGGAAUUUAAUGGAUACACCAGCAGAAGAACAACAGAAGUUCAUUAACGUUUCAUGUAAUAUAGCUGCUACCGUUUCUGAAAUAACCAAACCCAAUAGUCUUUCCACAGACUUGCUUAAAGAGGUACAUUCACAUAAACUUCAAAAUUAUAUAUUUUCUACUUUUUCUUUACUGAAUGAUUGUGUACCGGUAAAAAAGGUUAAAGAAGAGUUAUGUCGGUUAGAGGAGUUAAAAUGGAGCAAAAUGAAAGAACUUGUUUUAAAGAAGAGGUCAGAACUUGAAGAGAUAUGUAGAAGAACACACAUUGUUCUUGAAGAACAAGAUAUCUCAGUGGAGAAUGUUAUUAAAGCCAUUGAAUCAGGAGAUGUGAACCCUGAAAAUAUAUUAGAGGAGAUUGAGUAUCGAGCUGGGAAAGUGAAAGAGGAAGCUUUAAGCAGGAAAGAGAUUCUUGAAAAAGCUGAGAAAUGGUUGAAUGCUUGUGAGGAAGAGAAUUGGCUUGAAGAGUAUAAUCAGGAUGAUAACCGAUACAACGCUGGAAAAGGAUCUCAUUUAAUCCUCAAACGUGCAGAGAAAGCUCGAGCACUCGUUAAUAAACUCCCAGCUAUGGCUGAAGCUUUAAUUUCCAAGAUCACAAUAUGGGAAUCAGAGAAAAAUUCUGAGUUUCUAUUUGAUGGUAACCGUCUACUUUUGAUGCUUGAAGAAUAUACAGAACUCAGAGAAGAGAAAGAACAGGAACGUAGAAGGAAAAGGGAAAUGAAGAAACUUCAAGGUCAAGUGACACCAGAGCAAGACAAAGGAACUCCUAAGAGACCUCAAAGCGCGAAAAAGGGUCUUAGAGUAUCAACUAACAAGACAUUUGCAUCAUCUCCUCAAACUGAUUCACCUCGCUCGGCAAAAUCUUUUACAACUCAGUCUCGUUAUGGCUGA